GGCGUGCGGGCAGGAAGUGGCGCCGCUGCUCGGCUUGCGCCCCUCUGCCCCCCGCGCCGGGCUCUGUGUUCCACGCGCCCCCUCCCCGCCAGGAUGCUGAAGAAGUUCGAUAAGAAGGAUGAGGAGUCGGGUGGGGGUUCCAAUCCAUUUCAGCACCUGGAGAAGAGUGCAGUAUUGCAAGAGGCUCGGGUGUUUAAUGAGACUCCCAUAAACCCUCGGAAAUGUGCUCACAUCCUCACCAGAAUUUUGUACCUUAUAAACCAGGGGGAGCACCUGGGUGUGAUGGAAGCUACCGAAGCCUUCUUUGCUAUGACCAAGCUGUUCCAGUCCAAUGAUCCAACACUUCGCAGGAUGUGUUACCUGACCAUCAAAGAGAUGUCAUCCAUCGCUGAGGAUGUCAUCAUUGUGACUAGCAGCCUAACCAAAGACAUGACUGGGAAGGACGACAAUUACCGAGGCCCUGCUGUGAGAGCACUCUGCCAAAUCACAGAUAGCACCAUGCUGCAGGCCAUCGAACGCUACAUGAAGCAGGCGAUUGUGGACAAAGUGCCCAGUGUAUCCAGCUCGGCCCUGGUGUCUUCACUGCACCUGCUGAAGACCAGCUUCGACGUGGUAAAACGCUGGGUGAAUGAGGCUCAGGAGGCUGCAUCCAGUGAUAAUAUCAUGGUCCAGUAUCACGCCCUUGGCUUGCUCUACCAUGUGCGCAAGAAUGACCGGCUUGCAGUUAACAAGAUGCUCAGCAAGUUCAUGCGUCAUGGCCUGAAGUCGCCUUUCGCCUACUGCAUGAUGAUCCGGGUAGCCAGCAAGCUGCUGGAGGAAGAGGCUGGAAGCCGUGACAGCCCCCUGUUUGACUUCAUCGAGAGCUGUUUGAGAAACAAGCAUGAGAUGGUUGUCUACGAAGCUGCUUCUGCCAUUGUCAACCUGCCCACCUGCACGGCCAAAGAAUUGGCACCUGCUGUCUCGGUGUUACAGUUGUUCUGCAGUUCCCCAAAGGCAGCUCUUCGGUAUGCAGCUGUCCGCACCCUCAACAAGGUUGCCAUGAAACACCCAUCUGCUGUAACUGCCUGUAACCUGGACCUGGAGAACCUAGUGACUGACUCCAACCGCAGCAUUGCCACAUUGGCUAUCACCACGCUGCUGAAAACUGGCAGUGAGAGCAGCAUUGACCGACUCAUGAAACAGAUCUCCUCCUUUAUGUCAGAAAUCUCAGAUGAAUUCAAGGUUGUGGUGGUACAGGCUAUCAGCGCUCUGUGUCAGAAGUACCCUCGCAAGCAUGCAGUCCUGAUGAACUUCCUCUUCACAAUGCUCCGGGAAGAGGGAGGCUUUGAGUAUAAGCGAGCCAUUGUGGACUGUAUCAUCAGCAUCAUUGAGGAGAACUCUGAAAGCAAAGAGACAGGUCUGUCUCACCUGUGCGAGUUCAUUGAGGACUGCGAGUUCACUGUCCUGGCCACCCGAAUCCUCCACCUUCUGGGGCAAGAAGGGCCCAAGACCAAUAAUCCUUCAAAAUACAUUCGCUUCAUCUACAACCGGGUUGUUCUGGAGCAUGAGGAGGUCCGGGCAGGUGCUGUGAGUGCACUGGCCAAGUUUGGAGCUCAGAAUGAGGAGAUGUUACCCAGUAUCUUGGUCUUACUGAAAAGAUGUGUGAUGGAUGAUGACAAUGAAGUGAGAGACAGAGCCACAUUCUACCUAAAUGUCUUGGAGCAGAAGCAGAAAGCUCUCAAUGCUGGCUACAUCCUGAAUGGCUUGACAGUAUCCAUCCCUGGCCUGGAGAGGGCACUGCAUCAGUAUACUCUGGAGCCCUCUGAGAAACCCUUCGAUCUGAAGUCUGUUCCUUUGGCAACUGCUCCUCUCCCUGAACAAAGAGCAGAAAAUGUUCCUGUUGCUGUGGUCAAACAGCCAGAGAAAGUGGCAGCAACACGGCAAGAAAUAUUCCAAGAGCAACUGGCAGCGAUCCCGGAGUUCCGGGGCCUGGGCCCGCUCUUCAAGUCAUCUCCAGAGCCUGUAGCUCUCACAGAAUCAGAGACGGAGUAUGUGGUCCGCUGCACCAAACACACAUUCUUCAGCCAUAUGGUGUUCCAGUUUGAUUGCACAAACACCCUGAAUGAUCAGAUUCUGGAGAAUGUCACAGUGCAGAUGGAGCCUACAGAAGGGUAUGAGGUCAUUGGCUAUGUGCCUGCCAAAAGCCUGGUUUAUAAUCAGCCUGGUACUUGCUAUACAUUGGUGGCACUGCCUGAAGAGGACCCAACAGCAGUGGCCUGUACAUUCAGCUGCAUGAUGAAAUUCACCGUCAAGGACUGUGACCCAAACACUGGUGAAACAGAUGACGAGGGUUAUGAGGAUGAGUAUGUGCUUGAAGAUAUCGAGGUCACAGUAGUGGAUCACAUCCAAAGGGUUCUGAAACCAAAUUUUGGAGCAGCCUGGGAUGAAGUGGGUGAUGAGUAUGAAAAGGAAGAGACCUUCACUUUAUCCACCAUUAAAACACUGGAAGAGGCAGUCAGUAAUAUUGUGAAGUUCCUAGGGAUGCAGCCAUGUGAGCGCUCAGAUAAAGUGCCAGACAACAAGAACUCCCACACGUUGUACCUUGCAGGUGUGUUUCGGGGUGGCCACGACCUCCUGGUACGUUCUCGCCUCGUCCUGACAGAUACUGUGACGAUGCAAGUCACGGCCCGCAGCGGAGAAGAGCUUCCUGUCGAUGUAGUCAUGGCCUCUGUUGGCUAAACUGCCCUUCUGGAACUGUUCUCUGACGUGCAAGGCCCAUAAAGGGCGAUCUGCUCUCUCUCUUUCUGGACAUUGAAUGGAAAUCAUACUCACUACAACAGCUUUCUUUUCUUUAGUAAAAUUAGGAUGGGUAUUUGGAUUUCUCGCAAUACAAGGAUGGUGGUUGUAAGCCCCAGUACGUUUUAUGAAACGUUUGAUUGGUCUCUUACAAAGUCAGCCUGUUUCAUCAUACUAAGUUGCUGGAUACAGCAGCGGUUUGCAAUGUUUUGCCAACGAAGCCCCUUUUACUUGUUUCUGUCAUGGCAGCCCAGCCACUGGGCAGCACUCAGUGAGAACCUGUGAAAUCAGUGUGUUACAUCCUUUAAUUUCUUCUACUGUUUUUAUGUCUUUGAAAGGCCCCCAAAAUAAAAAGGGAUGUGAUCGUUUUAAAAGGAUAAAAUUCCUUCUGAA